CACAAGUUUUUCAGGUCAUACAAAACAAGUAAAACAAAGUCAUAAUAGGAAAUUCAAAAUCAAAAUUCAUGGUGAAGAAGAGCGUAGAGAGAGGGUAGAAAUGAAACCACUUUUGUGAAAAGAGGGAGUUUCCAUGCACGUGUGAACACAUCUCUAACGAAAGCAUUGACUCUCGAUUUUGACUUUCGUUUCUGGUAGUUCCAGCUUUAAUCAUCGAUUUUCGAAUUGCUUUCUUUUAUUGGAGCAUAUUCUGAUAAAUUGGAAGCUUGAUUGUGGAUGCGAAUUUUGAAUCUUUGAUUCCGGAUACUUGCUUGGCUGUUCUUAUCAUUUUAUUGGAAUGGAUGAUGUGAAAAAUGCUGAAGAAAAUUUUCCUCCAGAAACUUCUGCAGCAUCAAUUUUAUCCUCCCAAAAUAAUUAUUUAAAUAAUGAAGCUUCAGAAUACCAAGGUUCUAAUGGAAAAGUGGAAUCUAUCCAUCAGGGAUCAGAUGAUUCUAAAUCAGCAUCUGUACAGGAUGCUUCUGAUGCGCCAAUCAUGGGAGAUGGCCAACUUCUUCCAAACGAAAAUCCCAUUUUAACCACUCCUGUUAAGGUUGAUGAAACAGGACCUAACCAUAAGGGCACCGUGGUUGACGAUUCUGAAAUUAGAGCUAUGCAGCAUACUCCCAAUGAACCUGUACUUGUGCAAGAGGCCUCACCACUAUCAGCCAAUAACGUAGGAGCAUUGGAGUCUCAAAACGUGGAAAAUAGUAAUUGUUCCUUGAGCCAUUCCCAUGUUCAGCCAACGGUUCCUUCUGAUGGACCUGUAACUGAGCAGGAAGGCUCACUUCCAUCGACUAAGAAUCAAGAGACACUGGAGCCUCAUCAAAAGGAGAAUGUAAUAGGCCUCUCAGAACCCGUUGCAUCAUAUACCUCAGAAGCAAAAUCAGAUGAUGCUUUGCAGCAAUAUCAAGAAAGUGCCUCCUUUGUCAGCACCCAAGUGAGAGACUCAAACGGCCAUCAUUUGGUGCCUUCCAGUGAGGUUGCUCAGCCCCUUGCUAAGGUGUCCUCGGUUGCUAUUAGAACUACAGAGCCCAUUGACCAUUAUAAAGAUCUUAAAAAGGAUGAUAUAAACAAUGGGGCAAUUGAUACCGCAGCACCUUUUGAAUCUGUUAAAGAUGCUGUUUCAAAGUUUGGGGGAAUUCUUGAUUGGAAGGCCCACAAAGUCCAGACUGUGGAGAGACGCAAGCUCAUAGAGCAGGAACUUGAGAAAGCACUAGUGGAGAUUCCAAUGUAUAAGAAACAGUACGAGGUUGCUGAAGAUGCAAAAGCUGAAGUGUUAAAAGAGCUGGACAGCACUAAGAGACUCAUAGAGGAAUUAAAACUUAACCUAGAAAGAGCACAAACAGAAGAGCAUCAAGCAAAACAGGAUUCUGAACUUGUCAAGCUCAGGGUGGAAGAAAUGGAGCAAGGGAUUGCUGAUGAGGCUAGCAUUGCAGCCAAGGCACAGCUUGAGGUUGCCAGAACCAGGCAUGCAGCUGCAGUCGCAGAGCUGAAAUCCGUGAAAGACGAGCUGGAAGAACUACAUAAAAAUUAUGCUUUAUUGGUGACAGAGAAAGCCGCAGCUGUCAAGAAAGCUGAGGCGGCUGUUUCUGCAUCCAGAGAAGUUGAGAAGACAGUGGAGGAACUGACUUUUGAGCUGAUGGCCGCAAAGGAAUCCUUGGAGUCCACUCAAGCUGCUCAUAUGGAGGCAGAGGAACAUAGAAUUGGAGCAGCUAUGGCAAGAGAGCAAGAUACUCUUUAUUGGGAAAAGGAAUUGAAGCAAGCAGAUGAGGAGCUAGAGAGACUAAACCAGCAAAUUUUGUCAGCAAAGGAUAUGAAAUCAAAGUUAGAUACUGCUUCAGCCUUAUUACUCGACUUAAAAGCUGAACUAACAGCAUACAUGGAAUCAAAAUUGAAGCAGGAAACGGAUGAAGGACAGAAAGAUGAGCUAGAUGUACCAGAAAAGAGAACUCAUACUGAUAUACAAGCAGCGAUUGCUUCAGCCAAGAAGGAAAUUGAAGAAGUGCAGCUCAACAUUGAGAAAGCAACUGCUGAAGUGAGUUGCUUGAAGGUGGCCACAACAUCAUUAAAGUCGGAAUUGGAAAGAGAAAAAUCGGCACUGGCCACCAUUAGGCAGAGAGAAGGAAUGGCAUCAGUCACGGUUGCAUCAAUAGAAGCUGAGCUGAACAGGAUUAAAUCGGAGAUUGCUGUUGUUCAGAUGAAGGAGAAAGAAUCAAGAGAGAAGAUGCUGCAGCUUCCCAAGCAGUUGCAGGAGGCAGCUGUAGAGGCAGACCAGGCCAAGUCACUUGCUCAAAUGGCUCGUGAGGAGCUGCGGAAGGCAAAGGAAGAAGCAGAGCAAGCCAAGGCUGGAGCAAGUACUACUCAGAGCAGACUACUUGCGGCUCAAAAGGAAAUAGAGGCUGCGAAGGCAGCAGAGAAGUUGGCGCUAGCAGCUAUCAACGCACUACAAGAGAGUGAGUCUGCUCAAAGCACCAAUGAAGAGGAUUCACCAACCAAAGUAACAAUCUCUUUAGAGGAGUACUAUAUGCUCAGCAAGCGGACCCAUGAGGCGGAGGAGCAGGCUAACAUGAGGGUGGCUGCUGCCAUCUCUCAAAUUGAGAUCGCCAGGGCAUCUGAGUUGAGAAGCUUGAAUAAGUUAGAGGAAGUUCAUAGGGAGAUGGCUGAGAGAAAGGAGGAACUAGAAAUUGCUAAUCAGAAGGCUGAGAAGGCUAAGGAAGGGAAGUUGGGUGUAGAACAGGAGUUGAGAAAAUGGAGGGCUGAACUCGAGCAACGACGAAAAGCUGGUGAAUCUGCUCAAGGAGUGGUAAACCAAAAUAAGAACCCAAAGACAGUCUUCGAGGAGAAGAAAGAAUCAGGGAACUUUGAGCGGCCGCCAGAUGGCCUGCUACCUGUUCGUACUAGGUCGAGCCCAAAGGUGGAUUUGCAUGGAAGCAAUACUGAGACUGAAUCUUCAACAGAAGUUAGGAUUAUUAAGAAAAAGAAGAAAUCCUUCUUUCCGCGAAUUUUCAUGUUCUUGACCAGAAAAAAGAAGGUGCAGGCACCCAAGUCAUUAAAGUAAGUUUUGUUUAUAGAUUGGUUGUUUUAUGCCUCUCCGUUCCAGGGCAGUUCCUUGCAGUGACCAGAAAGGGAAGAGCACAUUUUUACAGAAUUUCUUGUUUGUAAAUAAGUUGCAUAUUUUUAUAUAAUAUAAGAAGAUUGUAUAAUAUUUUUGGUUUAGAUUUAGGUUAUAAGUCUUGUAAAUGGUACUUGAUUGAGGAAAGUGAUAAUAAUGUGAUUUUGUAAUUUUUGGGCCGGGGGCAUACAGGUUUGAUCUAAGAAUUCGAGCUCUGAAAGUUGACUUCGUGUGUGGACAUACCGGUUUGUUGAAAAUUUGAAAUCAUAAUUUUCUUAUUUUGAAA